AUGAAGUUCUUCGCUGUCGCUGCCUUCGUUGCCGCCGUCGCUGCCCAGGGCUACGGCACCGGAGAGGAGACGUGCUCCAUCCAGACCGUCACCGAGACCGUCACCCUCCCCUACGGCGUGCACACUCCCAGCGCUCCCUCCGUCCCCAGCGCUGCUCCCACUCUGCCGCCCUACCCCACCGGCCAGGCGCCCUACCCCAGCGUGCCCGCCCCAUCUGGUACUGCCCCCGCGCAGUCCUCCUACGCACCUGUUGCGCCCUCCGUCCCCGCGGGCACUGCCCCCGCUGGUACCGGCGCCGCCUCGCCCUCGGGCACUGGCUCCUACGCCGUCCCCUCGGGCGGCUACUUCGAGGGUGCUGCUAGCGGCAACCAGGUCGCUGGCUUCGUUGCCGGUGUUGGUGCUCUCGCUGCUUUCUUCUUAAUCGCAACGACGUGGCAAGCUCUAUGCGCGCGGUCCGAAAUCAAGGCCGUGCAGAUCGUGCGGUCUGCUGAUGCCAGUUUCAAGGAAAUCGGCUGGCUAGGACAUGUUACGCCUUUCGUCGGCUUGCGAUCCAUCGGACGCGUGUACUAUCUCCACCAUAUCAAUGGUCCUUAAGCUUCAUCAGGGAUAAACCUUUGACUCAUGUAAUCGCAAUAAUCGCCACGCGUUCAAGACUGCUCAUAUCCGAGUUUGUCCCGAAGCUUGACACUCCGCAGUGACGCGGACGGUAGGAUGUCGGAAUGAGCGAUGGAAUGAUGAUGGACGCUGCAUUCAUCCUUUGGUUGAGGAGGCGAUGUUCUUUGUUUCGUUUUGGGGCUUGCGUUCUUCGCUUUAAGACGGAGGACGGAGGACGGAGGACGGAGGUUCCAGGACCCCGCAUUCCUCUGUAGGUUUCAGCGUUCACAUGUUGUCAGUGGUUUGCGGUGUUUGAGAAAUCAGCACGCACUGCAGUAAAUUUGUUAGUAUAGGCCGAGCGUGUCCUCAAGG